GGGACUGUUUGCUCCCCGUGGUUGGAGGUGGAUGAAGAGUAAAUUCACUGAUCAGUGAUGAUUGAUGGAUCCCUGAUCACUGAUUGUUUUAAGGCUUUCUAAACCUCUAACAGCACAUCCGGGAAACGACGGGAACGGCUGACGUCACACAGGUUACCAUGCCGCCCCGUGUCCUCCAGCUGUCAGCACAAAGACUCUGCUCUGCUGCCUUCAGCAGGGUGUCCCCUUCCCUUAGACCCACCACUGCUCUACCUCCCCCUGCUGGAUCCCUGCCAUUAUGCUGUCAACACUUACCAUUCAACCAGUCAAUAGCCAGGAAACUAUCUAGGGUCAGAGGGGUCUCAGGGGUGUGGACGCCAUCCAGUGUGUGGACGUUGUCCGGUGUGAGGAACUUCUCAGGUGAGGUUGGUGGCGGCAGUGAUGAUGUCAGCAGCAGCUGGUACAGCACCCUGUCCGACUCGGCUCCAGUUCACCUCUGUGAACACCUGCUGGUGGGCGUGCAGCAGGUCAGCGGACUGCCCUGGUGGUUGAGCAUCGUCGUGACAACAUUUUCAGUCAGAACACUCAUCACCCUCCCGCUGGCUGCUUACCAGAUGGUUGUCAUCUCCAAGGUGGAGGCGCUGCAGGUGGAGAUCUCAGAGCUCGCCAAAAGACUCCGAUAUGAAGUGUCUGUCCGAGCGAGAGAGAGAGGCUGGACAGAGAAACAGUGCAGGAUCCAGUUCAAGAGGAAUCUGUCGCGGCUGGUAUCCGGUCUCUACAUCAGGGACAACUGUCACCCGUUCAAGGCCAGUGUGCUGAUCUGGGUCCAGAUCCCCCUCUGGAUAGGUCUGUCUCUGGCCAUAAGGAACCUUAGUCUGGACCAGAGCGGUCUUGGUUCUAGCCUAUCAACAGGGGGUGCUCUUUGGUUUUCUGACCUCACGUUACCAGACUCUACCUGGAUCCUCCCAGUCUGCCUUGGACUCAUCAAUCUACUCAUCGUAGAGGUGUUUGCUCUGCAGAGACUCCAGUCCACAAAGUUCCAGAAGGCUGUGACAAACUUCAUCCGAAUGUUUUCUGUCCUGAUGAUCCCGAUCGCCGCCACAGUCCCCUCUUCGAUGGCGCUGUACUGGUUUGUCUCCAGUCUUGUUGGAUUCAGUCACAAUCUCGUCCUCCGAUCGCCGUUCGUCCACAAAAUCCUACAACUGAAAACGGCGAGAUCUGACACGCCAUACAGAGAUCUGCUGACGGCGUUUGUCAACAAAUACUUCAAAUAAUAUGACAAUACAACGUCUACACAACUACACAACUUCUACACAACCUCACACCGUCUGCACAGCCCCACACCUUCCUGACCUACCUGCUGUCAAACCUCUAGCCAGGGUAGACAGUUUUCCUGUAAAUCUGACCUGAUUGGUUGAUACUGAAGUCAUGUUGAGUUUCUGUAAAUAUGUAAAACAUUCAGUGUGUGUGUGUGUGUGUGUAUAUGUGUGUCUUCCUGCUGUUUGAACAAAAACAGGAAGAAUAAACUUGACCUUUGACGUGAA